AUUGGUUGAGUGGAGCAGUGGUUUUAUUUGCCACGUGUUGUAUUUUAUAAAACUUGCACGGAGUUUGCUGUGGUUGGACUUUCACUUAAUACAAGAGUGACCCGUGUUCAUCUCCAUCCUUAGCGUUUGGCUGGUUUUAUCGAUACGAAGGGAAACUGCCAUCAUUACACAAGAAAGGAGAAAAGAAGAAGAAAAAGAGGAAAGUGUCUAAUACAGACACACUGCAAGAGCAGAGAAAAAACAAAAAGGAGAUGGAGUUUGAGCUGAAACUCGCCAAAGAGAAAGAAGAGAUGUAUGAACGAGAGAAGCAACUUAAGAUCAAUCGGCUAGUUCAGGAGGUUUCAGAGACAGAGAGGGAGGACAUGGAGGAGUCUGAGAAAGUGCAACACUGGGUGGAGCGUCUGUGUCAGACUCGGUUGGAGCAGAUUUCAUGUGUGGAGAACGAAUCUCCAGAGCUGUCUCCGCCACGCUCUCCUGCCUCUGAGCCAAAGGUGAAGCGUUUCCCUGGUGGCCUCCACCUGGCCACCACUGAUCUGGAUGACAUAAACCUGGAUGACGUGGACCAGAGCCUGCGGGGGCCUCUGAAAAAGCUAACCCCCACCCAGCCAGGCACCAGCCAACGCCCCCCUCCGUUGCCUCUCCCUCCACCCUCAGCAAAGCUCAACCCGACGGCCCCCAGCUUCCCCACCGCUCCCUCCCGAGGCCCCCAGCAGCGCCGGGCUCCUUCUCCUCCCGCUGCCAGGCAACCUCCGUCCACGACGUCCACCUUGACAACCAAGGGACGCGGGCCUCACCCGCACUCCCACUCUUCCCAUCCUCCUCGCCCACCUUCCUCCCACUACCCUCCGUCCUCCCCUCAGCCCGCACCGCGACCGCCUCCUCCCCCACCGCCUCCUCCACCGCCACCCCCACCUCCCCCUCCACCACCUCCCCCACACCACCCAGGGGUACAAUUAGACUCCCAAAGCGGUUACCGGCAACACCAUCACCAUCAUCUCCACCACCCUCCCAGUCCUCCAGAGCACAGGAGUGAGUGGGAGGCGGGCGGGUAUCUCCCCAGAGGAGGGAUCUACUCAUCCACCCCCAGUGAAAUGUCUUACCCCUCCAGUCCAAAGGUGAUGAGGAAUACCUCCCAUGCCAGUCGUAUAUCCAAUUCAAGCAGUCCACUGCAACUAGCUCCCAGUCCCCCCAUCCAGCGGCAUCAGAUGGUCCCUGUCAUGUCAAAGCCUGUCAUGCUGCCCCAGUCGCAGACCCACCGGCCAGAUCCACAUAGAGCAGCCGUCCGAUCUGACGGCCUGCCCCCUGAAAUGCUGAAACGGAUGGUGCCGUUCAACUCGUCUUUUAAAUCAAACAACAAACGACAAGUAACCCCCACCUCUGCCGUCAUUUUCUCCUCUAUCUUGUUUUUGCUCCUGAGUGAUUUUCUCCUGUUCUCCUCUGAGCUUUCGUCUCCGUGUUCACACAUUUGAGUUUGCUUACGGUUGACUGAAACCUCUCAGAUAACUUGUCUAUAUUUACAUCAUGUCCCUCCUCUGUUGCUCGCAUCACUGUUUCUCUGAUCAGGUUUCUCAUGCAUGACUGUUGUUUUAUUGGUUUGAAACAGACAAUGGAGAUAGUGAACAUAGUGCAAGUGUGGGAGUGCAUGUUACAUUGCUGUGGUACCACUUCAUAAUGACAUAGCUUCUCAAGAACCGUCCUCUAAAGGCUCAUUUACAUCUCCAAGUGGUAUUGCAAUCUGUCCCUCUACUUCUGUUAGUGGAUCACAUAUUAUAAGGGGACAAGAAGGCCUCUUUUUUUUUUCCUUACAAAGGUUUGAUUGGAUUUAUCUGCACACCUAAUUUCAAGAAACACUGGGAUGAUUUCUAAGAUACAUAAAAAUGUAUCUGAAAUUCUAAUCUGCAGUUGUUUAUAACUUUGAAAAAGAAUGUUUAAUUGAAAGACACAAGAACAAAAAUAAACCAUUUGCAGUACCUUGAACCGAGAAAAUAUAUAAACCUCAGCGUUACAUCAAUCUAUCCCUAAAUUUUACAAUUUAAUUGUUUUUUUUAGUGUUUUAACCGUGCAUAUUAAUUGUUGCAUUGUUCCCGUUAUGUAAAAAGGAAUUUUUGGUCACUAUAUAUAAUAUAUAUAUAGUGUCUGUACAGAUAAGUGUUCAGAUAAAUCUGCUGGGAUUCUGGACAAAGUUGAAAUAUGCCCUUAUUCUUGUGCCUCCAGUUUCAGGUGAGAUUUGCUGCUGUAGCUGCAGUCUGUGUUGAGUGACAACAUUUUCCUGAGGUGCUCCUGAGCCCAUGUAGCUGACAGGUUUCUCUGGCCGUGGCGCCUGAGGGCAGUGCAAGAGAAGGUCACAUUUAUCCAGCAGUGGUUUCACGUCCUGGCCUUUAUGCACUGACAUUUGCUUUUCUCUUUUUUCUUUUAAUAAGUUGAUAUUGAAAGUCAUUUGCAGUUUAAAAAAAAUAAUUUUGUAAGUAAUAUAGUCCGAUGGAUUUUGCUACAAAGUGGUGUGCCAUGACCCCCCCUUGCUUGGUGGGUACAGACCUACGUUUUUGUAUUCAGUUCUGACACCCCCCACAUGUCAUCACUUAAUCUGUUAAUUAUUACAGUUUAUUUUAUAUGAAAUACUAUUAAUUUGGUCAGUAAAAACCCUUUAAAUACUUCCUUUGUACUUGUGUCAGUUAAAGAAACAUUCAAAUGAUUAACAAACUACAGAUUUAAUCAGUCUAGAUCUCAGUUUUUUUUUUUAAAUAUAUACACUAUAUUUACCAAAAGUAGUCACUCACCCAUCCAAAUAAUUGAAAUCAGGGGUUCAAAUCACUUCCAUUGCCACAGAUGUAUAAAAGCAAGGACCUAGGCAUACAGACUGUUCUACAAGCAUUUGUGAAGGAAUGGGUCUCUCAGGAGCUCAGUGAAUUCACCUUAUCCUAAACAUUCCAGUCAGCUCUCAGUGGUAUUAUGACAAAGUGGAAGCAAUUGAGCAUGACAGCAACUUAGCCACGAAGUGGUAGACCAUGUAAAAUGACGGAGCAGGGUCAGUGAACACUGAGGCACAUAAUGAGCAAAGGUCGCCCCAUUUUUUGCGGUCGAUCGCUACAAACCUCCAAAUUUCAUGUGGCCGUCAGAUCAGCCCAACAUCAGUGGAUGGAGAGCAGAAUGUAAUGUGUUUCCAUGGCAGAGCAGCUGCAUCCAAGCCGUACAUCAUCAAGUUUAAUGCAAAGUGUUGGAUGCAGUGUGUAAAGCACGCCGCCACUGGACUCUAGAGCAGUGGAGUCACGUUCUCUGACGGACCAGUCUGGUUUGGUGGUUGUCAGGAGUACGGUACUUGUCUGACUGCAUUGUGCCAAGUGUAAAGUUUGGUGAAUGGGGGACUAUGGUGGUGUGGCGCUGUUUUUCAGGAGCUGGGCUUGGCCCCUUAGUUCUUGUAAAAGGAACUCUGAAUGCUUCAGCAAACCAAGAGAUGUUGGACAAUUCAAUGCUCCCAACUUUAUUUGGGGACGGGCCAUUCCUGUUCCAACAUGACAUGGAUGAGAGAGUCUGGGGUGGAACUUGACUGGCCUGCUCAGAGUCCUGACUUCAACCGGAGAGAACACCUUUGGGAUGAAUUAGAGAUAGGAGACUGAGAGCCAGGCCUACUCGUCCAACAUCAGUGUGUGACCUCACAAAUGUGCUCCUGAAAUCCCCAUAAACCCACUCUCAAACCUUGUGGACAGCCUUCCUAGAAGAGUUGAAGCUGUUAUAGCUGCAAAGGAUGGGCCGACGUCAUAUUAAACCCCAUGGAUUAAGAAUGGGACAUCACUUAAGUUCACAUGUGAGUCAAAGCAGGUGAGCGUAUAUUUUUGGCAAUAUAGUGUAUAUUUAUAUCAAGGUAUCUGUGUAGCAACUGGAAACAAAGCCACGGAUUAAUUUGUUUAUUCUGCAGGAAGGAAUAAUUACAGGGCUGAAUAAAUGUGAUGUCCUCUCUGAGUUUUGUUUCCUUCCUUCUCUCAAUGAAAUUAAACAUCCGUGGUCUUAAGAUAGAUUUCUAAUGGUUUUCUGUGCACACAGAUGCUACCCUGCAUUACUUAUUGUGAUUGGGUUUAGGUUUGAGGCUUCAAAAGCCACAGCGUUUGUUGAAAAACAGCUUGUGUCUUAAUGACUUUACUUUAUUCCCGGUUGUGUUUACCUUUUACUAUGCAGCCGGUUGUCAAAGGAAAUCUCACACAGCUCCCCAAGAUGUUCUGUUUAUGAACUUCCUGUUCACACUUUUGAUCAGUUUUAAUGACGUACAUGUUGGUUUUC